GAUAAGCAAACAUACCAGUUUCAGAGCUCUAUCAUGUGUGUGUGGUUUUUAAGUGAAUUUGACAGUUCUCUUCAUACUCUGACAGCUGCUGGACGAGGAGCUCGCUCAAAGAAGAUGGAAGAUGAGCUGGAGAAAUUCAUCAGGGAGCGAAAGGCAAGAGUGGCAGAAGAUCAAGCCUUUUUGGGCCAAGAUCAUCCUUAUAUGAAAAUAAAGGUCAGUCCCCACAGAGCCUAUGAGUCCACUGUCCAAGAGAACAUUCCUCCAAACACAAUCGUACAAAGAAAUGGUGGGAGCUCCAGUGUGGGCCUGCCGCUUGCUUUAGAGUACGAGAGGAAGAAGCAGAGGCUGCAGCAGGAUCACAUCCGCUACACAGAUCAGGAGCCCCCUCUUCCUCCUCUGCAACACGUACCUGAUGGCCAGCACUGCAUUCGUCCCCCUAGAUGGCAAAUCCCCUCAAGAAGGGAUGCUACGAGUCUGACAGAGCUUGGUAGAGAAGUGCACAGAGCUGUGCGCCUCUCUGAGGGAACAACUGCCUGGCCUGAGGAAGACAAGGAUCACUUUUCACCUUCUUCCGGACUGAGGAGCCAAGUUGCUCAUGAGUCUGAGGCGAAGGAAUAUGUGGAAGACCUGGAACUGCUUGAGGGAAAGAGAGACAGAUUCACGAGUGUUGAUGCAGACUGUGACAAGAGACAGUCCUCCAAGAUUUAUGGCAGGGAGAACAUCAACAGUGUAGUUGCUCGGGAAGGCAGGAGAUCAAGGGCUCUGAAGAAAAGUGAUGGGUUCGUGUUUGCCACUGGCCUUAUAAUCGGAACAACUGACACUGAAGAGACGUUACGUAAGAGGAAAGAGCAUUAUAGACUGGAACUGGAGGAGCAGAUCGCUCUACAGCGCCAAAACAAGAGGGAGAAAACUAAGAACUCUGUCAGAGAAGGCCGGAGAUCAAACACACCGACCAAAAAUGAUGAUGCUGUGUUCGUCACUGGCCUGAUAAUUGGAACAACUGACACAGAAGAGACUUUGCAGAAAAAGAAGGAAUGCUACAGACGAGAGCUGCAGGAGCAGAUUGCUGUACAGCAGUUGAACAAGAAGAGAGAGAAAGAUUUGGAACUGAAGGUUGCUGCUACGGGAGUAAAUGACCCUGACAAGCAGCCGGACCGAAUUAGAGAGUUUGGAUUGAGCAAGAUGAAAGAAUCCCAGGUAUCACAGCCUGCUGAAACAGAAGAGAGUAAAACAUCUAGAACUUUGUCCAGUCUCGAGAAGACUGCUAGAAAUGGAGAACCACCUUUUGUGAAGCAGUGCCAUGUGGCCACUCAGUCCCCUCUGUUACAGUACAGCUCCACUCUGGGCCUGGCAGAAGAUGGUCUGCCUCCUCAAAGCAAGUGUGUUGCCCCUUCUAACCUCAGAACAUCAGAUCCUCACAGAAUCCUCUUGUUACCUUCACUUCCGGCUCCAGUGAUGAGUGAAGCCCACAGGGUCCCACAUGGGGAAACCCCUCAUCUACUUGCCCAAAAUAUGUAUUGCUAUGGCCAUUGUUGUUGCCUUGGUACUGGUGUUCCCUUAUGCUACACCUGUAACCGGCCACUAGGAGGCGCUGUACACGGCCAUCUUGUUAACCGGAGUCCUCACAGUCCACCCAGUGGGAGCACCUACCCUGAACGUCAAACACAGCCAAGCUCCGAGGUGGCUGCUGCAGGUUCUGGAGUUGAGACUUUGCCUUCAGAAAGCUCCAGAUCAGUGAAGGAGGGGAUUUUGAGCUAUGCUGACGCUCUUAAACAGCAGAUCAAGGAACAAGAAAAACGCAGGCGUCUGGAGAAAGAGGAACAGGAGCAUUUUGAAGCUCAGCUGGAAGACUAUCAGCCCUGGGGUCGAAGUGGAGGAGGGGCCCCAGUCAGAGACGGAUCUGGAAAUCUCAUUGCUGACCUUACACGGAUGCACAAGCAGAAUGCAGAAGCCUACAAAAAUCCAGAACUGUGGCAGAUGAGAGCAACAGUCGCAGUGGCAUCCAGCACAGCAGAGCACCCUGAUCACAGCAAAAGACUCAGCGAUUCCAACCUUGUGCAAAUCCCCCGCUUUGCCAUUGGCAGUGAGUUAUCCAGCCAGUCCCCCCAGCAGAAGCUCCAGCAGCAGGAGGAGUAUUUGGCUUCCCUCAGGCAGCAGAUUGAGGACACAAAACGUAAAAAGGCAGAGGAGCGGGAACAGGCCAGACUCGAAGAUGAAAGAUUAGAGACUGUGUGGGCUGAGCAGACGGCUCGUAUCACGAAGGAGUACGAGGAGGAACUAGAGAAGAAACGAAGGGAGAAAAUGAAGCGCGAGGCUAAAACUGAGGAGGUGAUUCAUAUGACUCAGCACUGGAAAAAGGAGGCAGAAAAGAAGAAGAGGGAAAGUGAAGAGAAGAAUGAAGCACUGAGAAAACAGUAUGAGAGGCCUCUGGAGCAGAUGCAGAGAUUGCCCUCCCCUCCUAUUCCCACUGUGCAGAAGAAAUGCAGUCCCAGACCCAACACUCAAGAAAACCGGCGCCUGACUCCUCAGUCUGAAAGUCACACAUGUUUACAAAGAGCAGAGGGCUGUUCUCUGUCCCCACCGGUGCCUAUCUGCCAGAACAAGAUUUCAGACUAUUCUGAAGAUUCCAAAGAUGUCCAAAGCACCAACUUUGCUAUAGGCAGUGGGUUUCCCAGCCAGUCCCCCCAACAGAAGCUCCAGCAGCAGGAGGAGUACUUGACCUCCCUCAGACAGCAGCACGAGGCUAAGACUGUGGAGCUGAUUCAGCAGGAUGAGAGGCGGAAGAAGAAGAAGGAAACAGAAGGGAAGAAUGCAACACUGAAAAAGCGGUAUGACGGCCCUCGGGAAGAGGUUCACAGGGAGUUCUCCCCACCUCUCCACUCUCUGCAGAAAAAGAUUGUGCUACCACCCUGCAGUCCCAGGCCCACCACUCUAGACAGUCAGCUCUCGAGUGCCCCUUUGUCCGAGCGCUCGCCAUCACCACCUGUGCCUGUCUGUCAGAACCAGCUCCGCGCUGCAGGAGACCAGUAUGAUCUAAUCCGUGAGCUGUCAAUGCUGCGGCGACAGCUUAGUUCUGAACAAAAACGCCUCCAGGUCCGUCAGCAGCAGGGCAGCUGGGACGACUUGGACCUUCCUUUUAGUGACAGACAUCAGGAGCAACCGUCAUUGGAUGUGUUUGAUGUUGCGCGGCUGCGGCAUCAGGCUUUGAGGGUCCGAAGGCCAAACUCCAAAAGCACCAAGCCCAGAAACCUGAUGCAGAUCCAUGACUCUCUGCAGCUGAAAUGCACUGACCCACUAGAUGAUGUCUUAGAAGUGCCUUACACACGAGGGUUCCAGAAAACUCGCCAGUUGUCAGCCAGCAAGAGGAGGCAACUGGUCCAACAGUCAUGGUCUUCCCAGAAUGAAAAUACUUGCAGCAAGUCCAACAGUCAACAACAUGACAACUUCUGCCAGGAAGGGAGCAGGCUGCAGCGAGAGGUGGAACCAAGUGCAGAAGGGAGAAGGCAGGACAGGACCAGUUAUCAGAUGGAUCUCAGUCACCACAGUAACACAGCCGGAUUACUGGAUCUGUCUGAUGAGGACUCCACCCCUCCCCUCAACAGACAAAACUCUGUAGAAAGCAUUGUGAGGGAUCCCUGGGUGCGUCCAGGAACAUCAGACACUUUAGACUGGUUUGUCAUGAAUUCCAUCUCGCCUAAAAAGCAGACAAGACCAGGCAGCAGCAGCCGGUGAAGGAGACGAGCGACUGCACCCAGCUCAAAGACUUUCCAGAAGAACUCAUAGCACCUGCACAAUGUUUCAGAAGUUAAAAAAAAAAAAAAAAAAAAAAAUCCAAUAAAUGUUAUUGUUAAAAUGCAUUAAUUUUGGUGCAUUAGUUUCUGCACAUUCAACAGUGAUGUUCUGCAGGGGGCACGUGUCAUUUUUCUACUCAUAAUGAAGUUAAAAUAUAGACCUUGUCCAUUCUUUCUAGGUUAUACACACCUAUGAAGAAACAAAACAUCUGUACAUACAGCAACACAUCUGCACACUGCUGUACA